GUAUGCAUGAUAAUGUAAGCAGAUACGAUCAUUUAAUAGUGCUUUAUAAAACAAUAAAAAUGCGGAAGAUUCAGAUACAUUACAUUUAAACUUCAAUUUAUUCACUGAAAAGCUUUCGGCGCUAGUUGACUAUUAUGAUCUCAAGAAGGCUAACAUGAAGCACUAUAUAUUAGGCAGGGACGCGUUUCUACCAGCGAUAGUUCUUCUGUCCGUUGGGUUCAUUGCUGGGAAUGUGGAAGCCCAGACCUGUGUGGAUACGAGCCAAGAGUGUCACGUGAUCGGGCACGAUGGUGUUUUAAGUUGUAAAAACGUUAUACCAGGUAACCCAGCAGGUGCAACAACGGUGGAAAUACGCUUAUGUGUGUAUAUGGAUAUACGCAGAGGAGCAUUCGUCGAUCGGAAUUGGUCGUUCGUGGAACAUCUUUCAUUUGUGUGGAUUGCAAAAACCAUUGACGGACAGUAUAUGUACUUUCACUCUAACUGGCAUGAGGGAUUAGACGUUUUAUUGCAACUAGGCCUUCAUUUAUUUCAAGGAGAAAUAGGUUUUGACAAUGAUGCUUUUCAUGGUAUGUCCACCUUGAAAAGUCUGGAUUUGUCAAACUGGAAUUAUUUAGACGAUAAUGCUGUUCUAAGGAUAUUUGCAAAUAAUUUAUCUUUGCAAAGUGUGAACGAAUUAAAUCUUUCUAACACUUAUAUUCACAAAUUCAAUAAACAGUUUAUACAAACUGUAAUGAGCAGACCGAUCAAAGUGCUGGACCUAAGACACACCACAAUCAAAGAGUUCGACAGGGUGAUUUUUUCACGUCACUGUCACUACCUUCAAUAUCUCUACUUUUCCGGUGUACUAGAAAGAAACCCUCGGGGCUUUGGUAGUAGUGGAACUGAGCAGAUUUGUACGAAGCUUAAGAUUGUAGAUAUUUCAAAUACAGAAAUUUCAAAAUUAUCUUUUGGCUACCAUGUCAGCUCUUUAAAUGUGAAUUAUUCAGAGAAUUCGAGCGUUUUUGGAAGAUUGCGAUUAAUUUUCGAUGCGGAAACGGUAAAACUGGACAAUAAUUUGAAAGGUGGCUAUUCAAUAGGGUCAGGCGUUGUUACUAUAAAUUGGACUACAAGCAACACGUUUUUGAAAUGGAAGAACUUGUACCUGAGACAUAACACGCUUCAAACACUAAAUUGUAGCUUGAUUAUACCCUACUCAACAUUCGAGCUUCUGGAUUUAAGUAAUAAUAUAUUAGAUUACAUUAACCCGAAGUUACUUUCCUCGCUGCAUUCCCUCCGGAGUCUUUCAUUGGCGAACAAUCGUUUGAAUGACAUGCUUAUCAGUUUUGAAAGUGAUUUUGUGAAUCUAUUUGCGGCUUUGUUGAAACUUAAAAAUCUAGAUAUUUCGAACAAUAACCUCCAAUUUUUUCCGGCUGACAUAUUUAAACACCAUGUCCAGCUGAAUCAACUCGAUUUAUCGGGUAACAAAAUAACUGAAUUGAGCAUUUCUAUUUGUCCUUUAAAAUAUCUCACGUCUCUUAAUAUUUCUAAUAAUUUGCUUGAAGUGAACGACGCGGAUUUGCAAAAAGGCAUCACAAACUAUAUGGAAUAUUGCAGAAACAGCUCUGAGAAAGGCCCCGUUUUUGACAUUACAAACAACAAGAUAGUAUGUUCCUCUUGCGAACACAAAUCAACCGUUGAGUGGCUUAUUUACCGGAAGAGCUACUUUUACAGAUGGCCAGAACUGCGAUGUAUUGGUCAGUCCAGUCGAUUACUGAUGAUAAACGAAGAUAUUGUCAGAAGCCUUAAUGAUGCCUGCUUGAGACAGACCAGAAUAGCGUUAGCGACUGCAAUACCGUUUGCGUUUAUGUUAUCUCUAAUUGGCAUACUUUAUGUUCUCUACAAACGCAGGAAAGCCUCGAUGCGGCUUCAGACUCGUGAGAAUCGUAUUGCUAAACUGCAGGCGGACGAUGAUCGGUUCGCUGUGUUUCUAAGCUACAACAGCGAAGACUACAACUUCGUGCACGAGCACGUGUUCAUGCCCCUGAAUCUCCACCUCCAGACCAUCGUGAACACGGACCGGCCCCUCGUGUGCACAGGCGACCAGAACUUCCGGUUGGGUUUGUACAUACACGAAGAGACUAUCCGCCUCAUCCAACAGUCAUACGUGGUUGUUCUAAUGGUGACAGAUUCGUUCUGUACAAGCCGCUUCUGUCAGACGAGCUUAAGUUUGCUUUGAACGAGAACAAGCCUGUGAUUGUGAUGGUGAAGGGGCGAGUCAAUGAGAACAUAAUGCCGCCGGAAUUAAGAGACCACUUCCAUAAGUACACCAGAGUCGUGUGGACAGAAGUGGACGGACAAUAUAUACUGAAGACCACGUGGACAAAUGUUUGCAACUCCAUCCUGGAAACGUAUUAGAACAAAAUGUUUCGUUGAUACAAUUUCACGGGAAUCAUUCUGACACGAUUCAUAUUGUAAAACAUUGACUGAAAUGUGAGAGUUUCAUAAAUUUAAAUCAUAUAUAUAUUCUUGGGAUAUUAUGUAGGUACAUGUAUGUAGUAUCUGUAUCAUGCUCAUAUGCUUGUUCCAUUGUUUCUUUUGAUGUGCUGUUGCUAUGUGAAAUCGCCAAUCCAUUCAAUAACGUUGUUGUUGCUGCUGUUGUUAUAUUGUAAAACAUUUACUGAAUUGUUGAAAGUUCUUUUUAAUUUCAAUUAUAUAAUAUUAUAUUCGCAUGCUAUCUCUGGAUUUCUAAAUUUCUAAUAGCCCACCAAUACUUAAAAAUAUAACUUUAUUUACUUACAUCUGUAUUACGCACAUACGCUUGUUCUAUUGUAUGUUAUGCCAUGUUUUUGGGAUGUGAUAUGGCCGAUCCAUUCACUAGUGUUGUUUUUGUUGUUGUUGUUGUUGUUGUUGUUGUUGUGUUAAUGUUGUUAUUCCAAUUUUUUGUGUAGGAACAUUUCUCUUUAUCUCUUCAGAGAUGUAUGACAUUUGAAAUGGCCGGUAUAACUACCCUUUUAUUGUGCUUCUGCUACCUACUGCUUCAUCAACAUUUUUUGCAAACGAGCGUUUUGUUUUCAAUUUGUAUAAUUUAUAUUAAAUAAAUAUGUUGGCGCGCUUGAUCGACAUUAAAUAGUUACCUUACGUACAUACUUAACAUGUUUUUAAUUUUGGUCUAUUUUGAAAUUCCAAUCUAUGAAAAAGAUAGUGUAUGCAGAAAUCACAAGAUUGCAAGUAGUUUCUGUCGCAAACGUUAUGACUUUACGGCCUAUCUCACCAACUUUACUGAUUUUUUUGUACCAAACAGGGUUUUUGAUUAUUACAUGAAAUAUUUGGUCUAAAAAGGAAAAGUUUUAUACAAUCAUAAUCAAAAUGCAUCACUCUUUAUGUUGCGUUGGCCGAUAUAUCGUAUAAGGGUUGCAAUAUCAGUAUGUAAUUGCUGUGUAACGGCCUUUGUGUUUGUUGGUGUAAGUAGGAAUACUGCUUACUAUUGAGCUUAAGUACAGAUUGUUAAUUAUCAAACAUUUUAUUGUUUUAUUUCGUAACUUCAUUGUUGAAAUAUACAUGUAUUUUAUUCAGGAAGUCUAAAAUGUAUCCUUACAGAUUCGGUGUUUAAUACGUGGCGUACUUGAUCAUGUAACCAGAUACAACCAUUAAAAGUGUUUUAUUGAAAUGUUUUGAAUGCGGAAGUGUAAGAUAUAUUAUAAAAACUGUUUUUAAAGUAAAGUGUUAAUGUAUA